ACGUGGAGGGGGACGCCCUCAGCCUAUAGAGCGCGAGCGCGUCGGCUUGCUCUGUGGUCAGCUGCGUCCCUCCGCCAACCUCCUGCCCUCCCUGCGCAUGCUCAGUCGGCGCUGCAGCGUUGGAACUUGGCGGCGGCGGCUGAGGGAGGAUGAGGAUGGCGUCGCCGGUGUCGCCUCCGAGCUCCUGAGGUGGCCCUCAUGGGGCUGGGCUCCAGCUCCGAAGUCCCCGACGGGGGCUCCGAGGGAUAUCACGUGCACGGGGUAAGGGCGAGCUCCCCGGACGCGGUCGCUGAAGCAGCUGGAGGAGGAAGGAAAACAAACGCAGCCCGGCUUAUGUUCGUGACGGGGCGUUCGCCUUCCUCCUCCCAGUUGUUGUCAUUCAGUAUUACUGCCUUAUCCCAUGGAGCUCGCAGGAGAGGCAGCGUGGCGUAGUGGUUAAGAGCGGUGGACUCCUAAUCUGGUGAACCGGGUUCGCUUCUCUGCUCCUCCACAUGCAGCUGCUAGGUGACCUUGGGUCAGUCAUGGAUUGGAUUGUUUGCAUGGGUUAUCGGGCAAGUGCAUUUUGCAUUCUGAGUGCCCCAUCUUCUCUGACCUGAGGAAGGGCCAUAGCUCAGUGGUAGAACAUCUAUCAUGAAUGCAGGAGGACCCAUGUAUUGAUCCCUGGCAUCUCCAGGUAGGGAGCCAGUGUGGUGUAGUGGUUAAGAGCGGUGGACUCGUAAUUUGGUGAACCGGGUUCGCGUCCCCGCUCCUCCACAUGCAGCUGCUGGGUGACCUUGGGUCAGUCAUACUUCUCUGAAAUCUCUCAGCCCCACUCACCUCACAGAGUGUUUGUUGUGGGGGAGGAAGGGAAAGGAGAAUGUUAGCUGCUUUGAGACUCCUUAGGGUAGUGAUAAAGAGGGAUAUCAAAUCCAAACUCCUCCUCCUCCUCCUCCUCCUCCUCCUCUUCUUCUUCUUCUUCUUCUUCUUCUUCUGGAUUCUCCUUCCUUGGAGGUUUUUAAGCAGAGGUUUUGGAUGGCCACCUGUCAUGGAUGCUUUAGCCUAGAUUCCUGAAUCGCAGGGGGUUGGACUGGAUGACGCUCGGGGCCCCUUCCAACUCUACAAUUGCUGAGGGAGGUCCUGAACACAGGAGCAAAUUCUUUAGAAACAGAUUUGUGGCAGAUAUGUCCAUCAAUGGCUACCAGUCAUGUUGGAGGCUAUGGCCUGCUUCCUAACCCUAACCCGAGGUACCACUGUAAUGCCUUUGAACAGCAGUUUCUGGAAACCACAGGAAGGGAGAGAUGCCCUUGUGCUCAGGUCCUGCUUGCCGGUUCCCCAUACGCAUCUGGUUGGCUACCAUGAGAACAGGACACUGGACUAGAUGGGCCAUUGGUCCUGAUCCAUCAGGGCUGCUCUUUAUGUUCUUAAGAGCAGGUUGUGUAUUGGGUAUGAGAUUUUGCACAAAUUUUGGGAUCACCUUGGUGCCAGCUUUUAAUGGAGUGCUUAUGAAUAGGUGUAAUGUAUGCUUAGAAAGCCUCUGAGAGCCAGUGGUUAAGAGCGGUAGUCUCGUAAUCUGGGGAACCGGGUUCGCAUCUCCGCUCCUCCACAUGCAGCUGCUGGGUGACCUUGGGCUAGUCACACUUCUCUGAAGUCUCUCAGCCCCACUCACCUCACAGAGUGUUUGUUGUGGGGGAGGAAGGGAAAGGAGAAUGUUAGCCACUUUGAGACUACUUUGGGUAGUGAUAAAGCGGGAUAUCAAAUCCAAACUCCUCCUCUUCUUCUUCUUCUCCGUCGGUGGUUUGUUACAGCCAGGUGGAACCUCCACGUGCAGAGGCAGUCUAUCAGAGCGUCAGCGUGCUGGAUCCUGCUGGAAAAGACCCUCUGAGGCCCAUGGAUUCCAGCAUUCGACUCAUAGCUGUCAAUCUUCCCUUUUUUUGCGGGAAAUUCCCUUUAUUUCAGCGCUGCUUCCCACUGCUAUCCCGGAUUGUUAUAUAUCCUGCAGACUGUCCCUGGGACAGGUGAGGCAGCUGAUCCCUUAUUUUCAAAUCUGAAAGUUGACAGCUAUGAUUCGACUUCCCACAGCAGCCAACCAGAUGCCCACAAGCGCAGGGAAGGCGGGCAGCACCCCUCUCCCACUGUUUCUUCCUUUCUUCCUUUUCCUUUCUGUGCUUACUAAGGUGGAGGCUUCAUGUAGCCAUUGUGGUUGGUAGCCAUUGACAGAUGAAUCCUCUUGAGCGCUCCCCCCCACGCACCCAAUACCCCUGUAAAGUCAUCAGCCAUAGCUGUGUUUUGUAGUGGUGAAAUUGUUUACUGAUUUCCAUUAUUUAUAGGCUGGCCUAUAACAUAAAAAAGGUCUCUGGCUCACGAGAUAAAAGCAAUGCAAUAACUGCACUAAAAAUACAAUAAGCGCAACAUUAAAGCAUUCCCCAAUUAAGAUGGUCAUGCAUUACUUGAAUUCCGUGUAAAUUCCACACAUUGAAAGAAAUGUGUUCUUUUAUCUCCAGAAAUUGAUGGAUGUAUCUUGAGUUGUGAGUAGUGUUAGAAACUGAAAUAUGAAAGCUAGGAGCUAAGUGGCACCUUAAACCUAGGUUAUGGGCGCAACAACGGAAUGUCGGCGCACUUUUUUUAUAACUUGAAUACAAAGCUGAAAAUGAAUGAGCUGCAGCUAAAAUCUUAUAUUCAUUUUUCACAUGGUCUAGUCCUCAUCUGACAACUGCACAAAACAAAGCCGUGCUUUCCCUGCCUCCCCCCCCCCCGCAAUAUUCUUAAGAGGAUCUCUGCUCCAGUCCUCAGAGAAUACCUGGAAGUGGGGAGGCAGAAAAAGGUCCUCCUUUCCUUCCACUCUGCAGUUUUAAUCUGAAAUCUUAGGCGCAGUACUGCGCCGAUAGAGCUCAAAAACUGCUUGCACUAAUGAAAUUCCUUGUUGCAAAAUGCACCUAGAACAAUGGGAGUUUGAACGCUGGUUGUGAGAGAGCACAGCUAACUGUUAAACUUUAUCCACACCAUGCAUGAUUCAUUUUCAUCAUAAUGUCAUCUUAAUGCUAUGGUUUUGGGUUAUGGUGGGGCUGGAUCAAUGGGAGCUUUGGUCGUAUUCAAAUGAACAGUUUUUCAGUUUAAAUGAAAACCUCAUCCAUUUAAAAAGAAGUUAUAAGGUCCUUAUUCAUGGAGGGAGGGGUUUACCAGUUCUCACUGGUUAUCAGCUGUAAAAUGAAACCUCCAUGUUCACAAAGGCUGAGAACAUACAGCAGGGGUAUGCUUUUGCUUGUAGAUGUCAGAGACAUUUGACUGGCCUAGAAUGCUACAUCAGAGGAACUAUUAUCAGGGCAUCAGGGCCCUGUCAAGGUGGUUCACAUCAUUUAACAAAAUAAUACAAUACAAAUUUCAUAUAAAAACCAGCAGUACAGUAGAAUGAAAGGGCAGGGGGAAUAAUAACAGAAAUCAAGACAUUGAUUGGUUAAAAGCAGAUGUAAACAGAUAAGGUUUUCCAGAGCCUGUUAUAAGACAACCAAGUACAGUUCCCAUGGGUAGGAAUUCUGUAAUGAUGGAAUCACCACUGAGAAGGCCCUCACUCUGGUACCCACAGACCUGAUAGAUUUUAUCACCAGGUCUGCAAGCAAGGCCUCUGUGGUCAAUCUUAAGGGCAGGGCAGGCUCAUAUGGAUGCAGAUGGUCCUUCCAGCUGCUUAGUGAGUACAGUUCCCAUGGGUAGGAAUUCUGUAAUGAUGGAAUCACCACUGAGAAGGCCCUCACUCUGGUACCCACAGACCUGAUAGAUUUUAUCACCAGGUCUGCAAGCAAGGCCUCUGUGGUCAAUCUUAAGGGCAGGGCAGGCUCAUAUGGAUGCAGAUGGUCCUUCCAGCUGCUUAGUGCUUAAAAAGUAACAGCUAGUGAAUUUGAAGCACACUUUACCAACCUGUGCAGUUGGUAAUUCAUGUUAAUGUAUAUAAAUUAUUGUACUGGAUUGGUCUCCCCUUCCACCUGCUCAGUACUCCUGCCCUGUGAAUGUUCUAGAAUGGUAUGCACUGUCUCUUCAAAUAUGUUCCUGUGGGAGAGUAUGGUUAACAUGUCUAGCUUGGAAUGAACUGUGGUGCACUCUGAUUUGCCUGUUCUGUGCAGAAGUGAUGAACUACGAAUGCACAAAGUUCAGCUGCAUUCAAUUUUAUUUUUAUUUUUCAGGGAGAGCUGUGUAAAUAAGGUCUCUCCCCAGGGCUGUGCAUAUGCUGUUCAAAGUCUUGUGGAAUCUGUUUUGUGUUGCAGAACAUGGCACACUGAGAACAGAAGCUUUCAGUAAUCUUUAAACCAGUUCUUACAUUUUUUUUUGUUUGUGGAGGGAACCUUAAAAAAAAUGGGGCUCAGACACAUAUGGGGGAAUAGGAAAAUGCUUCCACUGGUUAAGAGAUGAAGUGCUAUUUCCUUGUCCAGCACUCUCGCCCAUAGUUAUUUAUUUUUGCCCUGUGACACCCCUUGGCACAUAGCCUGACUAUCCAGUUAUGAUACUCUUUCCUCUUCUGUUUGUGUGCAAAAAUCUUUGGUUCCUUUGGAAACCAAGAGCUCUGGAGAAAAAUAAACUGUUAAAAAUAACUUCAUGCAGAUGUGCACUGCAUAAUUCUAACAGAAUGUAUAUUCCCAAAGGAGCUAAGCCUUGCCCCUAUGUUUUUUAAAAGUCUGCUGAAAACAGUGUUGCUUCAGUGGCCAUUCUUAAAGUAAAAUCUCUAAAUGUGGUGUUUAUUGUGGGAUUAGUGCUCCUCAUGCAUGCAAGUUUUCUUUUUUGCUUUGCAGUAUCCACACAUGGUUGGUAUCAAACUGCACAAAAUACACAAGAGAAAAUCUUGUAUUAAAAAAACCCUUUGUUGCCAACAAGCCAUUUGGAAUAGCUCUCCACUGCUCAUUUGCAAUAUUAAGUCCCUGUUUGGAAGCACUGUAUGCUUUCCUUCCAGCUGCUUUUAUUAUUUCAAAAUGGUACAUUCUGAUGCUUCCCUUACCAUUCACUAUAUCUUAAAACAAAAUUUGUAAGCCAGUUUGAAUGAAUGUUUAACAUAGAAAAAUGAGAUAUAAAUACAUAUAAUAGAAUGGGUUGGGCCACAUUAAUUGCACAUAGGCCUUAUUAAAAUCAAUGUGAUGGGUUGGUUGUGGCUUAAGUCCCGUUGGUUUUAAUGAGAAUUAAGUGCAACUAACUUAUGUGCAGCUGGAUCCAGCCUCUGUAGUGCUUAGCUAUGCUUGCAGUUUUUUCUGGUUCUUACACAGUCUUAGCAAAUCACAUUUGUACACGUUGUCAUUCAGUAAACCUACCACAAACAGCUUCUGAUUGUAGGUGAAUAAUCUCGAGAGCACAAGAACUACAUUGUUUUAUUGUUAAAGCUAAGCACGUCUUUCUACUUGACAGUUGGUGUCUGGCUGAGAAAUUACUUGGGAUCCCUUGUGUAAGCCACACUGUGCUUCCUGUGGGUGCAAUAUAUAUUGGUAUUUCCUGGUUGCCGUUGGAAAUAGGUGGACCGUGCAUUUCUUUGUAAUGUCUGCCCAGCCCAUCUGUGCAACAAAAGACUUAUUUAGAUAAAAUUGAAUUGUGAGGUAGACCAGUCCGGUGCUCCCAACUUUGCCUGCAGAGCUUGAAAGCAUAUCAAGCAUGGAGGCAGCAGCAGAUUGGUAUUUCACAGUUGGUGUUUUGUACACAGCUUAUACCUGGUCUCCUCUUUGAAGGAAGAGCUUAAAAGUUUCUCCCUGUGACUUGCACUGCAUAGUACCAUCUCUGUGCUGUGCACUUUGUCUUCCACGGGUUUCCUCUUUGAUUGUUGUGAAACUGCAUCUCUUAGAUGCAUGUGUUAUUUUGGGAAGUGAUGUAACUGAGUGGUGGAGCACCAGUUUCAAUUCCCAGCAGUUCCAGGUAGCACUGGGAGAGACUCCUGCCUGACACUCCGUGGAGCCACUGACCAUCAGUGUAGACAAUACUAAGCUAGAUGGACCGCAUGUCUGCCUUUCAAAGUUCCUUUUGGCUUCUGUUUGGCUAGGGAGGAGAGGGGUUCUGAGCAAUACAUCUAUCAUGUUUGUUAGGAUGGUUGGCUGUGGUAUUUUCUUUUUGCUCUAGGCCAGUAUAACCUCUCCCAACUGCCGAAAGACAAGUCUCUUAUUGUCAGCUCAUAAGCAUGCUUGGUAUGAAUACUUUUUGCAUUACAUAAUUUAGAAAACAUGUGCUUCCACUGACAUUUUUUUUCAUUUGGUUCAUCUAUAUGUAAAACUCUGCCAUUUUUCAGGUUCAGGAAAACUCCCCUGCUCAGCAGGCUGGAUUGGAGCCGUUCUUUGAUUUCAUUCUCACAAUAGGACACACCAGACUGGUAAGUAGCUUAACAAAAGUCACUGGGGUUUUUUUAAUGCUGAGCUCUAGCAGGUAAGUAUGUUGCUGGUGUGCUAUGAAUAAGUGCAUCCAAAAGCAUGACCUGAAGGUACAUGAAGCUGCCACUUUUCUGAAGCUAAGUAGAUCUGCUCAGUGCUUGGAUGACAGAUUUCUGCCCCCCCCCCCAAAAAAUGAUAGCAUGUAUGUUGCCUUGAACUCUGUGGUGGAAGAAAGUUGGUGCAUAAGUGGAACUAAUGAAUUACUGUAAUAAAUGAAAACUAGGAGUCAGCAAGUAGAACUGCCGGAUAGGCACAGACCACUUGGGAGAUAUGGGCUGUGGUUCUGCCCAGCUGCUCAUGUUUCCCUUCUGAAAAACAUAGAAGGACCGUACACUGUUGUAGGUUCAUCUGCUUGGAAGUUGAGUCAUAAGGGAGGCUGCCCCUAUGCAGGGCUUGGUUGGUCAUAGUACCUGUGACUCAGAAUGGCAGAGCGUGAACUUGCAAGCAGGUCCUUCCCACUGAUGGCCAUGGAAGUAUAUGAAAUGGCUGGCUGUGAGUGUCCUGUAUGAACAAAGGUUUCAGGUUUUUUACUAACUUGUGCUUCUGAGUUUGCAUGAGAUUAAGAAUGGUUCUGUGAUUAGGCGUCUUUAAAAAAAAUCUGUUCAAGUAGCAGAAUUCCAUCCUUUACAUAUGUCUGUUUGUCUUGGAAGUUCUGAUCGUGGAUGUAACGGACAGGCCAUAUUGGGGUCUGGAAAGGAGAUUUCUCCCGAUAUCAGAGAUGCCCCAACUUCUCCUCUAGUAAAUGGCUGGGUACACUUGCUCAAGUUGGGAUCUGUUUGUGCUGCAAACAUCUCUUGUUCAUCAGAGCUGGUGGGUGUGUUGCGCUGUGGAGGGAAGGGAAGGGAAGGAGGGUGUUGACCUGUUAUCACGUCACAAAACUAGUUUUCAGCACUUGUUCAAAUAUCACCCUGUAAAUAAUUAACAUGUUUGAAGCUUCUUGGCCCACGUAUAUUAUGGCUACCAAAUAUACUUCGUUUCAUUGGAUAAAGGCAUGGCAAAUGGUGAUGUUUAUUUUUUUGCACAUUUCUUUUAUGACCUAAUCAUGCUUGAGUAGAAGCAACUGCUGUUUAUUUCAGAGGGAUUUGCUUUGAAAUAAGUACCUCUAUUGUUAAAUGUCCUAAUUGUUGCAUGACUAAAAGCUCACAAAUGGGACAUAAAGGCCACAGCCCUCCUCCUGUUGUGAUCCCCAGAACCUUGUAUUCAGAGGUACUGGUAAAUUGCCUUAGCUAUAUGGGACCUCUGUUUUCAGUUGGGGCUGUUCUUUUAAAAAUAAACUUAACAGAAUUUAUUGCCUCAAGAAGUGCUGAAUUUAUUUUUAUUGCUGUUCUCCUCCAGUGCAUUCUCUUGGAAAAGCAGGCAGGAGAUAUGUUUAAUGAAUUAAUAAAAUAAAUUCAUCUUAAGUUAGUGGCCAUAGCACAUCUUGUGGCUGUCAGUUCCAUAAGGUAUUAGGAAAUAUCCACUUUAUGGAAGGCAAGUUGAUACUUCAACCUCAAUUUCUGCAGCUGCUGGCCUGCCCCUCCACAUAGCCUCUGUGAAUCUUUAAACUGGUUUCAGCCCUGUUUAGGGAAGUUUUGAAUGUUUGAUGUUUUAUAGUGAUUUUGCUAUUCUGCUGGGAGCCACCCAGUGUGGCUGGGGAAACUUAAAAAAUCAUUUUAAAAAUCAUAAAAUCAUAAAAAAACAAAUUAUAAAUAUAUUUUGUGGUUGUUGUUGUUGGCGGCGGCCUAGCAGUCUGUUGGCUACUGUCCAGAAACAAACCUCUUACAUUUCCUUUCCUUCCUUUCUUUUUUUUGAGAACAAAGAAGGGGACAUCUUAAAAGAUUUGCUGAAAGCCAAUGUUGAGAAGGCUGUGAAAUUGGAGGUGUACAACAUUAAAACGAUGAAAGUACGUGAAGUGGAGGUGGUCCCCAGCAACAUGUGGGGAGGGCAGGGGCUCCUGGGAGCCAGCGUGAGGUUCUGUAGCUUCCAAAGAGCCAAUGAGCAUGUGUGGCAUGUGCUGGUAAGUAGGAAAAGAUGGUUGUGCAUUUUUACUAUACUUCCUUACUCUGUCACUUUGAAUUUAGGUUUUGCUUGUUUUAUCCCAAGAAAGAAUCCUUCAGCAAAGAGUUUUGUGGCACCUUAAAGACUAACCAGUUUUAUUGCAAAAUAUAGUGUUAGCCUUUAAGGUGCCACAAGAUCCUUUCCUGAUUUUGCUGCAACAAACUAACAUGGGAACCCCUCUGGUGAGCAGAUUUUGAGAUGGUCAGCUCUGGGCUUAUUUUCUUCGUCCUGCUCCCCUUUCAUGGUGAUAUUUUUUGAAUAAAAGCAUUCCUCUCCUGCAGGGAAACAUUUCCACAUUGACUUGACUGCACAUUGCAGAGCAUUCUAGGGUGCACGAGAUGGUGCCCAUUUUCCUCCUCCCCAGGAAAAAGUGUUUUCCUAGCAUGCGCUCACCUCUGCCAUGCUGGGAGUGUCUGGUAACAGUGGACAGCUUUCCUGGAAUUGGUCUGCUAUUAUCUCUUAUUGAGGAUGAGCUUGCAAGGGUUUCUGGGAACAUUGUUUGCAAACAACUGGAUAUAGGCUUUUUGCUGCUUGAUUUGUUGACUAGGUGUAGGUAACAUAACUGAUCAAUGUCUCCCUAGGAUGUGGAACCGGCUUCCCCAGCAGCGCUGGCUGGCCUGAAGCCGCACACUGAUUAUAUUGUUGGAUCGGAUCAGAUACUGCAGGAGGUAAAGUGAGUCAUCAAUUGCACCAUUGGCUGAAGGGGGGGGGGGCUAGACAGUUUUCAGUGAUUGCUGCUGCAAUCUCAUAGCCACUUACCUGGGAGAAAGCCCCAUUUAAUUCAGUUUCAGAGUAGAUAUGCCUAUAAUUGCACUAUGAUCAUUGCAGCAAGUAUUCCCCAGACUUAAGCUAUUCUACACAUGCAGUCUCCUUCCCAGUCUUUGCUUUGGGACUAGAUAUAAAUUUCUCUGUGCAAAUUGUGUAGCUGUCUUUAAAUAUUCACCCACUCUUGUUCUCAAGGGCUGGGAAAGCUGAAUGCAGAAAUAAAGAGAAGUUGGAUCCCUCUCUACAGAUAUUUCAGUUAAACCCAGGGUGGAGAAUUGGCCCAACUCUGCAUGCCGUUUUGACAGAUGGUUGGGGCUGGGAGGGCAGCAAGGGAAAAGAGGAGCCAAAUCGAAAAAGCACUGAAUUCAAGUUGAGGAUGCAAAGGAAGAGUUCAGAGUUUGUUACCAAUCCUCCCAUUUGAAUUUGGCUUUGUCUGUCUUGCACUUGACGUCAGGUGACAGCAUGGCUUGGCUGAAAUGACCUGGCACACUGAAUAAGGCCCCUUGGGCUGGGGAGUUCUGCACUGCUGAGCUAAAGGUGUUUAGCACAGAGGAUUGAUGACAGUAGCGGUGAGGUUUAAAACCAACAGUCCUAUAAGGAGUUACAUCCACUCCUGCCCAAUACCAUUUCAUGGGUGAUCUUUCUACUUUCCCCAAGCACCUGCUGCCCCCUCCUGCAUUUGCAUCCUGCCCUACGCAGCAGUAAUGGUGGAACCUGUGGCCCUCUAGAUGUUGAACUCCAACUACCAUCAAUCCUAACCUGCAUGGUCAGUGAUCUGGGAUGAGAAUUGUAGUCCAGCAACAUCUGAAGGGCCACAGAUUCACCAUUCUGGCUUUAACUGCUUCAUAUCUUGUCCUCUGUUCUGCCCUGUCCAUAGCACAUGGAAGCUUGACAGAUUAAUGCAAUGACCUGUUUCCUGCUGCUUUGUACUUUGGCAGCUACCUAUAGGACACCUUGUGAGGGGGGUAUCCAAAGGACAUGCUGCAAAUUCUAGUCAGUCAUUCUUUGUCCUACACAGCAACAGGACACCUGGAAAUCAUGUAAUGGCAGGCAGGGAGAGGUUCUAGAAUGCAGCUGUUGGGUUGAUGACAGUCUUCUUUUUCUCUCAGUCCGAAGAUUUUUUCUCAUUGAUUGAAACCCAUGAGGGGAAGCCGUUGAAACUGAUGGUCUAUAACACAGAAGCUGAUUCCUGUCGAGAGGUUUUUGUAACCCCCAAUGGAGCCUGGGGUGGAGAAGGAAGGUAUGGAUUUGUGAGUGACAGGAUAGUCUGUAAAUGAGGUAAAGGCUCACUUAUCACAGUAUGCUUUCCUGUACAUUGCUGUGAAGAUGUUUAGCCCCAUGGGAUCCACAGUGUGGGAGAAUUAUGCACCCUAGAAGGCCAUUACAGUUCCUGUGUUUCAUGUUAUCACAGUUGAACACUUGCCUUGGCACCAACACAACACAGAAGCAACAGUUCUCACCCAGGGGUUUACCUUCUUUGCAUUUUAAUGCAAUGUAAAAGACAGAUGAGGGUCCAAGGUGUGUGUUGAUUGAUGUGUCAGGGAUGGAGCAGAGGAAGGGUAGCAGGCAGCCUAGAAACAAAAUCCGAGGUGUUGGUGGUGCUUCAAUAACAGGUGGGGUAGCAGUUCAGAAAUAGGCCAGUGAUAAAGGUGUGCAACUGAGGGGCCAUAUUUUCUCUACUGGUCUUGGCAACUGCACCCAGCCCCUGAUCCUAGCUGCCAUAUUUCCGUAUGGUCCUUUGCAUGUGGUGUGAGCUAGGUAAAGUUAAAGGGACCCCUGACCAUUAGGUCCAGUCGUGACCGACUGGGGUUGCAGCGCUCAUCUCGCUUUAUUGGCCGAGGGAACCAGCGUACAGCUUCCGGGUCAUGUGGCCAGCAUGACUAAGCUGCUUCUGGUGAACCAGAGCAGCACACGGAAAUGCCGUUUACCUUCCCGCCGGAGCGGUACCUAUUUAUCUACUUGCACUUUGACGUGCUUUCAAACUGCUAGGUUGGCAGGAGCAGGGACCGAGCAACGGGAGCUCAUCGUGGGGAUUCAAACCGCCGACCUUCUGAUCGGCAAGUCCUAGGCUCUGUGGUUUAACCCACAGCGCCACCCGCGUCCCCAGGUGUGAGCUAAUUCACAUUAAUUGAUACUGAGCCUUAAGCAGUGUGGAGGGACCUUUUGUGAAAUACAGGUGUGUAUGAACUAGGUGGGGGAAGCUGCCCCUAAUAGUCCCCCACCCACCCCAGUCCCUGCUUUUGAGCUAAGAGCCAAGAGGAAGUGUGCAUGUGCUGGAUUUUGGAGUUUCUACCCCCUUGCCAACCUGUAUUUUCCUGCAAGUUUAGGGCAGACUGUCUCCUUUUCCUAUCCUGUUGCCAUUCAGGCUUCAGUAAGUAGGGGACUCAAUUCAUGAAUAUGUAUUUUAGUCCUCUGUGAAUGACCAAGGGGCAGCCUGACCCUUUAUAAAUAAUUCCAGUUUACUCAGCUUUCAUUUCCUAGGUUACUGCAGUACAUGAGCUGAGGGAAGUUUGUCAUCCCACAAGGGAGUUGGGGAAAUCUGGCAGUAAUUUUAACACUUGAUUCCAAUUUCCCAAGGUAAACAGCACCUUUAUUGGUUAUGUGCCACUCAUUCUGUUGGUUAGACAGAGCCACCUGCCAAUCAGAACACACUGGGUCAAGAGUCUUUAAAACUGGAAUGUUGCCAGCAUUCCGUUACCCCUCUGACCACCCACAAUGCUAUGCUACUGGGAAAAGUCCUUUUUGUAAGUUGCUGCAUUAGGAUAAAGAGACUUGAAAUGUUUCUUUCGUGCAGCAUUCUGCCUUUUCCCUUUUGACACCCUAAAACCUUAACAAAAAAUCCUCUUGAAAGUGGCUGCUGAGGUCUGGUGUGACUGCUUACCAGACACAGUGCCUCCCUGCAAUGCCUAGGUCUCUUUGGUGCCAUGGUAUUUAUUUGUGCUGAGGGAAAAGUGGAGGAAAGCAAGCUGCCCUGCUUCCUGGGGGCAAGUGCAGAAUGGAAGCUUCGUAACUAAUAUACAUCACUUAUAGCCUUAAGACUUGUCUCUGCCCCAAAGUUAGAGGGACCAAGGAGGGCUGCACACUCCAGUUUAGAGAGAUAGGAGCUGCUCCUGUUCUCGGGGGGGGGGGGAUCUCUUGGGUUCUCCUUUACAACUUCUACUUGUGAUCUGAGUCAAAUGGGCUUCUGUCAGUUACUUUGAAAACAACAUUUUCAAGGGUGCAAGCUUGUUUCUUUUUCUUUUAUUUACCUUCUUGUGCAGUUUAGGGUGCGGCAUUGGAUAUGGCUAUUUGCACAGAAUUCCAACACAGCCUUCUAUACCAAAGAAAAAGGCAGAAGCUGGUCCUCCUUCUCCUUUGCCCUUGGGAGGCACACCUCCUGAACCACCAACCAAUGGCUAUACAGAGGUAGGCAUUUCACAGUGAAAGAUGACUGCAGUGUUUGUGGGUGCUGCUAUUUUUAAUAUGCAAAGGGCAGGGCGCAGCUGCUGUAAUACUCCCAGGAAUUAUGGGCAGCUCACAUACCGUCUCUCCACCUACUCACUUUUGUUCCUUCCUCCAGAGGGCCAUGACGUGUCCCACUUACCUGCCUGGAAGCUAGGUUACAUUCUUCUUGAGCAUCUGUGGACACCAUUGUUUAGGGUUUGCUGGGCUGAUUGGCUUGCAUUGCACUUCUGGGUCAGAGGGGAAAGCAGCCUUUCCCCCUUGGAAACUCUGCCCAGGUUGAGGUUAUAAUAUAAGCCUCUGGCCCCCCUAAUGAGGUCGUGUCAUCUGCCCACUUUGUAGUUGCUUUGCUUAGUGAUAAUGAAUGUGUUCCUUGUUCUGAAGCAUGCAACUCUUUCUGUUUUAUAAAUUAUUUCAGGCUCCUCUGUUAGCACCAAACUCCCAAAGCGAAGAACCUGCAAGCUUAGAGUACAGCACAGAUCAAAGUGUAAAUAUGUAUUCAGUAGAAAAUUCUCUUCAGCCUCCUCCUCCUGUGCAGAGAGUCAUGGAUCCAGGUAAUCUGUUCACCUGUUGACCUUUAGAGCAUAAAAGUUGGGUGACUGGUUUUUAUAUGCAGGUUCAUAUGUGCAGAAAUUCUGUAAUGAAGAAGCUGUGUUGACUAUGAAUUUGCAGAAUGUAGUCUGCUUAUGGGGAGAGGAACAAUGCAGGACACUGAUGGGAAUAGUAACUUGACUGUGGUGCUGUCCAACUCCUGCAGUGACAGGCUCCUUCAGAAUGUCACCUACCACCCCAUGAAUCAUAAGCCUACGAACAGAGAUGGGUGUGGUGGGUUAGGAAUACCUUUGCCAAGGCACUUGUCAAAGUAAGAAUGACUUCAUGCCGUAAUUCCAGAAGGGUCAGGUAACACCUUCCACUGGUUUCAGCAUAUUUGUAUCAGGCUGUUCAUGGCUAACAAAGGGGUAAGCAGAAGUCUCUUGAUGGCAUUUGCAUUCUAAGUUAAAAGUCAUUUUGUUAGUAGCUAGGAACAGGAAAGAAAUUUCACCUUUAAACAAUUUAUUUCUCUUGUAAAUUAUUGGCUGUACUUUUCUCUCUUCCCCAUUGCUUUCCAGGUUUUAUAGAUAUGUCUGGAGCUUCUUUUCCUGAAUUAAUUGACUUAGUGAAAACAGUCAAGGUGCCUUCCUCUGCUUCUUUCAACUUGCCAGACACUGUUGCAGCAACUGAUAGCUUGGUAUCUAACAACGGAAUUGAUUCACACUUUGGUAAGCAAGCACUUUGGUAAUUCAAACACAAAUUUAAAUUAAACACAAAAGAUUACAGCAUUUACUACAGUCAUACCUCUGGUUGCGAACGUGAUCCAUGCGGGAGGCACAUUUGCAACCCGCAGCGUUAACAGUGUGAAGCGCUGCGUCUGCGCACAUGCGUGACAUGAUUCAGCACUUCUGUGCAUUAUGUCAUUGUGCUUCUGUGCAUGUGCCGAAACCUGGAAGUAACCCAUUCCGGUACUUCCGGGUUCUGCGCGGUCCGCAACCUGAAAACGCGCAACCCGCCGCGUUUGCAACCCGAGGUAUGACUGUACAUGGGUCUUAGUAAAACUUGUCAAUUUUUAGUCUGCAAAGUAUGCAAAUCCACAACCAACAUAUUGAUUGUGUGAUCACCUUUAAUACCUCCUUACUAAAUUCUGGUUACUGACAACAAUUUUUUAGAAAAAUAAACAAAGAAUCUUCUGGCAUCAUAAAGGCUAAGGACAAUAUGAAAUAUUAGUGUAUUCAGGGUAGCCCUGUUGAAAUCAAUGUUAGAAUUAGAGAAGAAAAAAGGGUGCCUCAGAGCCUAGGGAUUUGUUUUCAGUGCCAGGAUCUAACUGAGCUGAGUAUUGUUUCAUUCAAAAGUGCACUUCUGGUUCCUUUCUUCAUUCCAGCAGACUAAUUUAGCUGAGAAAAUUGUUAUAGUUAAAAACCUUGCUCAUCUACUGCAAGUCACAGAGCAAUCUACUGGAAUCUGAUCUGCUGUCCUAUUUUAAGUAAGCUAGUUAAAAUCUGAUGUGUUUGUUGGGUAACCAUGGAAGAAGACACAAUUGCUCAUAAUUUAGCAGAGUUAAUUCUAGAGAGUACAUGGUAGCUUAGUUACUGAUUUCAUGUUGCUCUCUUCAGUCACCUGCAGGGGCUUCAUGUUUUGAGAAUUACAGGCAUUGUUUUUUCUGUAAUUAGAUUUUGACUUCUGCUUUUCAGACCAGGCCUCUCUUCCAGUUUCAGAAGAUUCAUUAUCUUAUGCAGAGGGCUCAAGUCCUCAGCCAGAGUUGGAUGCAGCGCCUUCAGUUUCUGUUUUGCCAUCCCUUCCUGUGGAUAUCUCUGUAAAUGCAACAUCUAAAGCUGAUGGUGGUGCUCAAGAAACACUUCUGCUUUUAGAUGGGACUGAGAGCCCGCAAAUGACCAAAGCUUUACAACCUGACAGUGAAGAUGAAAAGGCCAAGGAAUUGACAGAAGAAACUGCACAGAUCUAGUGCUAAAAGUGACAACACUUGCUAUCAGCUGUAAGGACAUUGGUACCAGACAAUAAGGCUUUUGAUACCCAGUGACAUCCAUUGUGUUGCUAUAUUACAGUAAUACUGCAAGAAUUCAAGCUGUUUCCAGUGACCUUGAGCCAGCCUUUCAUUAUCUGAUAGGUUUCAACAUCUGCAACUACUGCUCAGCAAUAACACUGAUAAUUUGACUUGGAAUAAGUUCUUUAAAAAUGCUGUUUUGUGUGAAGAGUUUGCUGUCUGCCCAAAAGCUAAUAGCAAGACUUUUAGUUGUUGUUUUUUUAAAAAAAUGCAGCUAGCAAGCACACAGUGCCUUGAUUUUAGCAGAACCUUUUAGCCCUCUUUCUAGGUUUCAGUUUUAAUUGUGACAGCUGUUCACUUUGAUUUUAUAUGUCAAAAUAUUUAAUGUUUAAGAUUCCCAAAUGACGCUUUACAAUUUGACUCUCUCUGGGCACCCAUGUAGAAGGCUGCAAUCCAGGUUACAGUGCUUCCUUGCAGAAGAGCUGCUACAGUACUCUUAACUCCAUCCCUGGCACAUGCAGGUGGGAUGGCAUAGCCCCCACAAUCCUCCUCCUUUAGUCAAUGCCACAUUAAAGUUAUCUGGGAGACAGGGAGGUGCAUGAAGACCUCUUGACUAUAGAUAUGCCAAAAGGGUAGGAAAUGAACCCAAACAGCUACUUCAUUCUCCUGUUGGAUACCUUACUUGUUAGAAAUCUCUCUUGAAAGAAUAGUUUCAAGGUGAACGUAAGCAACUUAUAGUUUUAUACUUGGGGUUAGAUGUGGCUGAAAUAGUUCUUCUGAGCCUCUGCAAAUUAAAGGUGACGAUUCUAAACAUGCAUGCAUGGUAAAAUAAUUGAAUUUCAAUUUUUCUUUUCAAAGUGUGUUCUAAUGACAGGUAUGUGUUGACUUGAGCAAAGAAGCUAAUAUCAUGUAGGAUUGUACCCGAUGGCGGGACUGUUGCUUUUUAGGGAGGCUGAUUUCUCUCUUCUCAGCUCUGAACACGGCUUUAUUCAACAUGAAUAACAGAUGUUCUACAUCACACUAGCUGCGUUGAAUGGUAUAUUUCAAAAUGGUUUUUGAUUCUCUGCUUCUGUUUGUUGAAGAUUAAAAAUAAACCAUUUUUGGAUAAUACUUGUUAAAAGUACUCCCUGCAGAAGUUAAGUUUUGGUCCUGCUUAUUAUUCACUAGCUCCCAGAAUAAUGUGCAAUCCAAACUCUCGAUCUGCCACAAUAGGUGUCUUGACGUAGCUCAUCCAGAGCAAGUCCCCCACCCACUGUAACCUAAGUUGGUGCAAAGUCAUCACCCCCAAGGGACAUGACCAGGGCAAGGAGAUACAUCUAUUCCAAACCCUUUUCAGGUCAGUCUCCUGAUCUAGAGCCCAAAGUCCCACUCACACUCAUCAGCCAGCAGUAGCACCUUCCAAAGUGUUCUAUUCAGAGUUUGGAUAGGAAUAAGAACUCCUUAGAGCCAGGAUUAUCUUGUACACCUUAUAUUUCAUGGUUUCAGAACUUGGAGAACUAGGCAUAUAUAUAUAUAUAUAAUAAAUAUGCGCACUCACCUCUCGACUGGCAGGCAGUCAAAAUUUUGAGCAGGUAGGUAUACCUGACGGGCAAGGGUACACCCUUUGCCAGUUCAACUUGUGCUUAAGCAAGUAACCGAAUAGUCAAAAAUAAGCAAGGGAAGAGGAAGAGGAAAAAACAACUUGUAGCACAGCACUCUAUGCCAGCAAAUCCCUGGGGCCAAGUCCCAAGAGGCCCUAAUGGUUGCUGUAUAAGGGUAGCACAGAUGGAGAACGAGAAGAAACCCUGGUAUGGGCUUAGGAGAAGGAGAUAGGAAAAUUAGGGGAGGGGAGGUUGAUCCUCAAAUCUAUGUAUCCAAUAGCCUUCCCCCACCAACUGUCACUUGAGAGGUGUUGGGUUCAAAAAACGGUUGAGGUAGCUGUGCUCCUGGUGAAAUGGGAUGUGAUGCCCAAAAGAGCCACCCACCCAGGGGGCCCUGGCAAAGAGUGACCUGCAGUUGAACUGCUAUGGGGGUUGCCCACCAGGCAUCCCCCUUGAAAGUUUGACUUCCUGCCAGUGGAGAGCUGGGCACUGACAACCCACACAGGAUCCUCUUCCUCCACUACUGAAGAACAAAAAAAAAUGGAUAGUCCCAGUUGUUGAGUUUAGUAUUUGUCAACACAGACAAGCAGCAGCUCUCCUGAGAUUGUUGGGUCUUUCCCAAUCUAUGUAGAGAUGCCAGAGACUGGACCUGGGACCUUCUGCCUGCAUAGCUAUGCUCAAACACAACCGAAAAAAGCAGCACAGAGACCAACUUUGUAGGCUGACUUGAGGACUAAGCAGAAAUACUCUUAAUAUACAUACAUAUCUGACACAGUGGUGCAGUUGACAGGGCAAGUGUGCAAAAGGUCCACAGUUAUGUGCGCUAAUUUUGGUUUCAGGAACUUUGAAGAGCUUUCUGGCAAUACCUGGCCAAGGAAUUUAUGAUCACAUAUUUAAAACAAAAAUGACCAAAGCUGCUUAGGAAUGUUAGCUAAAGAUUUUUAUUAUUAUUUCUAUACAAUUGUUCAAUACAUGUUCAUCCUUUUGGCAUUACAGGCCCUCUGUCAACCUUUCCUGAAACUACAUUGCUGGGAUUGUAGAAAAUAAAAAGUUUAGAAUCUUGGCUGAUUUUUUAAAAACACACACAAAAGGGAAAGGAAGAGGGGAGAGUUAAAGUUAACUUUCAAUGAAGACAUGGAGAGCACAAAAUUUAAAAUUAGGUCGAUAAGAACAAAGCCCCCCUCCAAUAUUAAUCAAUUCAGGACAAAUUUACAGUUGUUUAACCAAUGAAUUUACUAACUUCACUAAAGUGUGCAGUGCAGCACAGAUGUGGCAAACUAGAUUGCUGUACACACAAAUGGGAUUUACAAAUGGAAAAUGAUGUCAAGAUGGGAAAGGCGCAUGCAAGCUUAAUUUCUAACCAGAUCUUGUUUAGAGCAGUGCUUCGUGUCAUCUGGAGCACAAGCGACAAUGGUUUAGGGACAACCCAAAGCUUAUCUUUUUGUAACAUGGCAGUUGCUUUGACAAUCUGAUGCGUAUAAAAGCAAGUGCUCCAUGGGGUACUCAACCACCCCAAGACAAAAGCUAAGAGGAAAAUAUCCAAAAGGUGCUGUAAUGUUGCAUUUUGUCUUUCUACCACAGUUGGCGUGGGAGGGUGGGGGAAGGACACAUAAUCCUCGAAACACCCAUAAAAGGCAGUCAAAUGACUCGUAAGUAUCAGACUCUGGAUAUUUUCCAUUUGGUUGGUGCAACAUUCAUUUGUGGAUAAUUACCAGAUGACAUGGGAAGUAUUAAAAGCAUGCCACCGGCCUGCAUGUUGCUCAGUUUUAAGCAGCUCCCAUGCUGCAAAAAAAGUGCUGGCAUUAGGGCUUACCAGUUGUCUUUCAACAGUGAAGUAAAACCAAGAUGUUUUGCAGGCUAUAGCUUACAUCUAGCUGCCAUCAUUAAGGAAGAGAGGAGUGCUCAUCUAGCAGGCAGGGACCUAACUUUACUAUACUGCCUCUUUUAAAAAGGCACUUGUGCUUCUGUUUCAAAUAAAAACCACUUUAC